AUGGCAGACUGACAGCUGCUGUGAGUUUUUGUUCCAGAGUCCAGACAGACUUUGUUUUUAUUUUUAUCAAUUAAUUACUAAAUAAUAAAUCAAGAAAAUAUACUUUUCCUUAAUCAAGAUGCUUAGAGUGAUUAGAUCAAAUGCUUUUUGGUCCAUUGAAAAGUCAUGUCAUAUGCGGCAAAUGUCUUGUAUAGCAAAAUGUUUGAAAUAUGCAGAGUACGGUGAACCAGGCGAAGUCCUAAAAAUAUGUGAAGUAGAAAUUCCUGAUCCCAAAGACAAUGAAGUUUUGGUUCAGACUCUAGCAGCUCCAAUCAACCCAGCUGAUAUAAACACUAUUCAAGGUAAAUACCCUGUAAAACCUCCACUCCCAGCGAUAGGUGGUAACGAGUUCAUAGCAAACGUAAUUAGUGUGGGAAAGAACGUCAAAAAUAUACAGCCAGGUGAUCGAGUAGUACCAGCGACAACAGGUAUUGGCACAUGGACGUCACAUGCCGUCUACCCUUCGAACGAUCUCAUGAAAGUAUCGGACAAAAUCGGAAUUGCCGAAGCAGCCACAAUAACAGUCAAUCCAUGUACUGCAUACAGAAUGCUCAAAGAUUUUGUCCAACUCAAGCCAGGUGAUACAAUUAUUCAAAAUGGUGCUAACAGUGCUGUAGGGCAAGCAGUUCAUCAGCUAUGCAAGGCUUGGAAUAUUGCAUCGGUGGGUGUUGUACGCAAUCGGCCAGAAAUCGAUGAUCUCAAAAAAUAUCUCAAGAGUCUUGGAGCAACAGAAGUUUUGACAGAGGACGAAAUUCGAAAAACUGAAUUGUUUAAGGGGACAUUGAAAAAACCAAAACUGGCUCUAAAUUGUGUUGGAGGAAAAAGUUCCACUGAAAUAGCCCGCUAUUUGGACGCAAAAGGUUUUCAUGUCACUUACGGAGGAAUGUCAAGAGAACCUGUUGUAGCGGGUACAGCUUCAUUGAUAUUCAAAGAUAUUUCCUAUGUUGGUUUCUGGAUGACCAGAUGGACAAAAGAAAACCUCGAUAACGAAGAGAGACACCACAUGUAUUCUGAACUUUGUUGUCUCAUGGAAGAAGGAAAAUUCACGGCGCCAGUUCAUGAAAUGGUCGCCUUAAACAAUUACAAAGACGCUGUAGAAGCUGUAUUGAACUUUAAAGGAUUCACUGGAAAGAAGUUUAUUCUAGAUUUUCAAGACUGUUAAAAUCUAUUGAAUAAAUGGCAACUAUGUGAUGAAAAUCUUGGAAUUAUAUUUUGGCUUUAAGAUAUAUAAUAUAAAAUUUAGUUUGUUUUAUGUAAGACAUAAUAAAACUACGCAUUCAAAUAAAACUUAUAAAUACUGCCUAAGGGUUUAUAUACGA